AUGUUUGCUAUUCUUAGACACUAUGGAAUCCCGGAAGCAGUUGUUAAAGCCAUUUGCGCACUGUACGUGAACACCAGUAGUGCAGUGAUGGUUAACGGAUGCAUUUCUAAACCAUUCGAGGUGACCACCGGAGUACUGCAGGGUGAUGUCCUAGCACCAUUCUUCUUCAUUAUCCUAGUUGAUUAUUUGCUAACGAAAGCAACAGAUGGAAUCGACACAGGAGUGGUGACACAUCCUCGCCAGUCCAGGCGACACCCAGCAAAACAAUUAAAUGAUCUUGACUUUGCUGACGACAUUGGCCUACUCGAAUCCACAAGGUCACGGGCACAAGACCAGCUGACAAGAACAGCAGCAGCAGCAAAAGAACUAGRUCUCAUCAUAAGCGUCCCGAAAACAGAAUACAUGACCUUCAACUGUGACCAGCAUCCACCUCUAAAAGUGUAUGGUGAACCAAUCAGACAUGUACAAGAUUUCAAGUACCUGGGCUCAAUGAUGGCAUCUAGCUCAAACGAUUUAAAAAGACAUUUGGGGCUAGCAUGGAGCGCGUUCUGGAGUCUAGAGCAACAAACUGCCUAUCAAAAUCAAGGUGAAGUUGUUCAACACAACAUGCAUCACAGUCCUCCUCUAUGGGUGUGA